UUUAUCUGCCAGCUCUCUCCGUACCGAUUAUCUUGGGCCGAGAUUUCAUUGCAGGCGAAAAAAUUUCCCUCGACUACGCUGCCGGCGGAUAUCGGCUCGGCGACCAGCCACACGUGACCCCCUUCACCAAACGUGAAGACUGCGUCACCGGCGCAACCCUUCCGGCCCACUACACAGCGCGGCCAGCUGCAGUUCUUCCUGACGGCAUCCGAGACUCCCUCAACGCGUGCCCAGCAACCAGCUCGCAAAAGCAGCAACUCGAGAGCAUCCUGCAGCCCUUCGCAUCGAUGUUUACGGAAACCCCGGGCAAGACCGACGUGUUGCUGCACCGCAUCGAGACUGGUGACGCCCGACCAUUGCGGUGCAACCCUAGGCCCCUCAGCGUCCACAAGCGAGCCCUACUAGACGCAGCACUACAGGAGAUGCUGGAUACCGGAGCAGUGCGAGAGUCCCAGAGUCCGUGGGCCUCUCCCGUCGUCUUGGCUCCGAAGAAAGACGGCUCGGUACGACUUUGCGUGGAUUAUCGCCGCCUCAACGCAGUGACGAUGGAAUCCUCCCGCACCUACGACCGCCGUUAUGGCACCCGAUUCUCGGCCCGCCACCCGAGCUUUUCCCGUGGCCGUCGUGACUACCCCCGCACUGCCAGCGUGGCCACGUGGACGGUCCUGGUCGAAGAGCGUCCCGUGGCCUACGCCUCCAGGCUGCGUUGGCGCGAGCAGCCGCGCCCGGAACGCGGUGCCCCACCAGAGUCCGUUCCUGAGCCGUUCCGGGGGAACACCCUGGAAGUCCGCCACCCGGUGGAACCCCCCGCCAUCUACAGUGAUGCCGAACGCCGGCUCCUCUGCCCCCUCUGCGGCGUCCCAGAGAUCCACCGGGCCACACACCUCGCCGGGGCCCUUCAUCAGUCUCGGCUCGCCGCCGAGUGGGCCCACCGUGCUGUCCAAGCUGCGCAUCGUGCUGACGCCCGCCCGUUGGAGGUAGCAGAGGCCCUCCGCGUGCUUCGUCAGGCCCGGCCUGACCUCUUGCGAGACCCUGCGGCCCCGGAGGACGCCAUCCUAGACAUGGACCUUUGAAGGGGGGGGAGAUGUGGGCGCUCGGCCCGCCACCCCGCGCCCAUCCGGCCAACGACGCGCCACCGCCCUGGGGGGCGGCUCCUCGGCUCAGCGGACAAGAUAUAAGCGCGUGCGGCAGCAAGCAGGAGGACUGUUCGGUUCGCCCAGCCGUCAAGCGUACUGGCCGAUGGUAAUAAAACUCAGUUUGUAAAAAGGACGAGCCGUCUGGUCGAUCUCCCGCGGCGGACGACGGAAGUCGAACG